CACCUGCACAUUGGGAUUCAAUACUUACCUUAAGAAAAUUGUUUGAAAAUUAUUUGGAUAUUUUUAGUACACCUCGUCGUUCUUUCUUCGAAUUCUUAUCAUUUUUUACUACCGAUGAGAAUCAAACUGAAAAAUUAAGGGAAUUUUGUUCUGCAGAAGGCCAAGAUGAUUUAUACGCGUAUAAUCAACGCGUUAGACGUACUAUAGUAGAAGUCUUGCAAGAUUUUCCAUCAGCUAAAAUUCAAUUAGAAUAUAUACUUGAUAUGUUUCCCGAAUUACAACCAAGACAAUUCUCAAUAUCAUCAUCUUCAAAAGUUCAUCCAGGUCAAAUCCAUUUAACUGUAGCAAUAGUUCAAUACAAAACUAGAUUACAAAAACCUCGUAGAGGUGUAUGUACUAAAUGGAUGUCUCGCUUAAAACCCG